AUGAUCCCCGACGAUACUAGUGAGCCUGCACCCGGCGCAUCGGAGCAAUCUGCCUGCCUGGAAGCCAGUUCAAAACGUGCUCGCAGGUGUAUCGUCCACCAUGCUGCAGGUCCUGAGGCAGCCAAUUCUUUUCAGCCGCUGGCUGUUCAUGAACAAAGUGGGCCAUCCAAGCCCAGAAACUUCAAAGCCAAGCUUUAUCAACAGAUGGAAGACAUAUUCGAGAAGGUCUACUCUCGGAAAAUUACUUGCACUUGUAGUGCCGGAAACACCAAUGCGAAGAAACACGUUCUUUGGUGCACCCAAUCUACCCUGGACCAUCACGCAAAAACAUACCAGUGGUCUGUUCGUAAUUUUCGCCUUCAAUCAUCCCACGAGGAAGCGAGCGGUUUAUCAUGGCGCAAUUACCAACUCUCCAGAGCCAUGGACGGGCAAGAGCAGCCGUUUCCUCAGGGGCAGAGCCAGGCGCCAUUUCCUUGCCGGUGCUCGCCUGUUUUGAAAAUUACUGAGCUAGAGGAAAGAUCCCACUCAAUUGGACCAUCAUCCCCCUCAAAGGUCGUGACCCCUUCGGAGGUUGACCACUUGAUACCGGGAAGGGCUGCUCAUUCAGACUCUGGUGGUAAAUGGAUAGACUUCACUUUCAUUUCACAGCCGGUAAAGUUUCGCUCUCUUCCACUGGGAAGACGGAGCCUGGUCUCGCAGACUUUUCCUGAAUCAACAAUAUCGCUAGUGGUUCCUCGAUUAAACUUCGCGGCGGAUUACCCCACCCAGUCUGUGAAGGUUAAAUCUGCAACGCUAAUCCCCAAACCACAAGCUAUCAUCCUUGCAUUUAGCCUUUCAAUUUUAUUGAGCCUCAUCAUUGUGGUUUAUUGUUAUGUUCGUGGCAAAAGGUUUGAACGUCGAAAAGAUUCGAGCAGACACCGAGACAUUCCAAAUCAACCGCGAUUGUUUAGUUCGUCUACGAGGGAAGCGAGCCAUCGAGUGACCAUAAAGGCUGUGCCUCCGAGUCCACCGAAGCUCUCAAGAAACACUGCAAGCAAUCCGAGAGCUGUUCGAAGUCUACCAGCCCAUCGCGACUUCGGCAUCCUCCACCCAAUUGAAACCUCUAUCGCAUCCGAAAGAAUGAGCGAUGUAACUCCGCCGUUGGACAUGCCGCAGGGAGAGAACGAGAUGGAUCAGCACCAAGACGUUGCGAUCCACACUUCUUUACGAAGCCGUAUUGUUUCUCUCACAGCUAGCUUUAGCACACCCACAGCCAGUCCGACUUGUCAAAGUGCAGAUGAGGCUUCAUUUCCUAACUGCACAGAAACACCUCCACAAGGCAAUUUGUCAUGCCCGAGGGAAUGCAACCUGAAAGCGAGUGGAAAAAGUGUUUCCUCUCUCAACGGUAUACUCCAGCCUAUUGAUUUUUCGGGCUUUGAACGAGACAUGGAGUGUGAAAGCGCCGAAAUCCCAUCGUCUUCAACGUCUAUGAAGGAGCGGUCGGCCACAACAGCUUCUUCCAUGCGACGACGGUCUUAUAUUGUAGCAGAUAGACUAUCCUCAAUCUUACGACCAUCCAUGUCGAGUGGCUUCUCGGAUUCCAGCUCAAAACCACUACCUCUCAGGCGUCUCAAGACAAGUUACGGGAUAGGAGAUGAAUUUGACUCGGACGAGGAGCAAGACCAGGCGGCGCUUUCCAGAUUCUUGCGAAUGCAAUACGCGGAGUGGCAGGUUGAGCAACUUUCUCGCGCCGAUGGAGGAUUGGAAACCGACAAUUGCUCCUCUUCUGUUGGAUUCCGCGCCAUUGAAAAACAACGACGGCGUUCCACCGUGUUUUCAUGUAUGGAGCCAGCUUCCCUAAGGAGCACGAAGAGGGGCAGCUUUGCAUCGAUGAAAGCGCCGAAGGGGGCAAAGGGCCAUCUGCAUAGCCACUUCAACUACAAUCCACCAUCGCCUCAUGAUUUUACUCCCAAUUCAAUCUCGCCAAUGUCAAGUUACCCGGUGAUGCACGAACCAGACCAACCAACGCUAGCCAACGCAACUUCAUCUUCUCCAAAUUAUCCUUCCAAGGGCAAGUCAAGAUUUACAUCGGUGCUUUUAGCCCAGGACGCUCAGUUUUGUGCAAGCCCCAAGAGUCUAAGCUCACAGAGCCAUACAAACAUACCACCGCCUGCCGAUUCGCCGUAUGAACAGACUUACGAGGAUCCAAAAGAGCUAGGCCAACAGCAAGUACCCUCAACUCUGGCAGCUUAUAAGAAGAAACACCGACAUUCCAAAUCCGCACCAAUGAACAUCUUCAGAGACUCGUCCAUCGACCUUGAACCAAUCGAAGAGAUCAAGCUAAGCGUGACCAACCCUGAUCUUGACUUGAAUGAAUCGGAAACUCAGCGAAAACCUCCAGUUCCUUUACAGAAUGACAUGCAACCAACCCAACCCAUCUCCCCGACAGGCGUUGAGGAAACAUCGUCCUCAGCAGUAGAUGCGCAUUCCCCUGAAGAUGACGAGAGCAAUCUAGAAGAAACAAUCGAUACCGACAAGAUUGAAGCAAUCGAAAAAUACUCCAUGGAUACUCCCCAGAAAACUGACGACGGCGAAACACCCUCCGACUCAUCCAAGCUAUCUAAGCGCCGAAGCUGGUUAAGCUCAUCUCUGUCACUCAAAAUACUACCCGGCAGUCCUUCCAAGAAAGCCAUGGCACUCAACAUGAGUCCAGCUCGACUGAAAAAAUCCCUUAGCAUUGGAGGCCGGAUGAGUGCGCGAGAAAUGAAAGCAGGGCUGCAUCCUCUUGAUCUCGAAAUACCAAGUCCUAACAAUCACGAUUCUCACCCAGGUUACGCCAACGCUGCAGCAAGUCCAAGCAUCAAAGACACAACCAUUCCUCAUCCAACUGAUCCUCAACCGAGUCCCAAACAACACGAGUUGUGCAAAAGUUCAAGCUCAAGUCUGACUACCCUCUUUGGACUUUUCUCGAAAUCCAAAAGAUCGUCGAAUCUUCUGCAUCAAGAAUUCUUAGGGAUAGCCUCGAGUCCAUCACCGACGUCUGAAUUUAUGAGUUCAACCUGCUCGUCGUACUCUGGAAAUCACUCAUUGAACUUAUUCGAGUUGAGCAAGCUGAACGGUUCUCAAGGCACCCGAAGCAGUACCACGACUGCCAUGCAUUCUCCGGUGAUGGAUGGAUCCAACUCAAUCCACACCAAUCCUUACGGCUCUGCGCGAUGUUCGUGCGACGAUAUUGAUCAUGCCAACUCGACCUGCGGCCGAGCUGAUCAUGAUGCCGCACAGAUACGAUGGAAAUCCAGACUGAACUCAGUCGGCUCAUUUAUCGAUGAAUUGGAAACCAUCAAUCAAACGCCUCAGUCUGGACUUGUCAUCGCCAAUCCUGAUAUGACAUACUCCAAUGAAACCGUAUCCAACAAAUAA